AUGGUGGUGGUGGUGUUGCUUGGUCAGCUCUGUGAGCAGGAAGGAGCUGACUCUGCGUCGGUCGACCCCUUGGUGCUGGAGCAGUAUGUCGUGGUGGCGGACUACCAGAAGCAGGAGAGCUCCGAGAUCAGCUUGUGCGUGGGCCAGUUGGUGGAUAUCAUUGAGAAGAACGAAUCAGGCUGGUGGUUUGUGAGCACAUCAGAGGAGCAAGGCUGGGUGCCGGCAACCUGCUUGGAGGCCCAGGAUGGUGUCCAGGAUGAGUUCUCAAUGCAGCCCGACGAAGAGGAGAAGUAUACCGUUAUUUACCCGUAUACCGCAAGAGACCAGGAUGAAAUGAACCUGGACAAAGGGGCUGUGGUGGAGGUGAUCCAGAAGAACCUGGAGGGCUGGUGGAAAAUCAGGUACCAGGGCCAAGAAGGCUGGGCCCCUGCCUCCUACCUCAAAAAGGGGAAUGGAGAGACGUUCUCGCAGAAGCUGGGGUCAGGUUCCUCCGCUCAUUCGUGUGCCUUGGAUCUGGAUGGCAUCUCCCGGCAGCAGGUCGUGGCAAGCCGAGAGAAGGAUGGGCUCGCUGGCCAAAGGGAUGGGAGAUUCGAUAGCCGUCCUCUGCCCAAUGCUGACAUCCGACGCAAGUCACCAAAGAUGAGGCAGAGACCCCCUCCUCGCCGAGAUCUCACCAUACCACGUGGUUUGAACCUGCCUAAACCUCCUGUCCCUCCUCAAGUGGAAGAGGAAUAUUACACUAUUGCUGACUUCCAGACCACCAUCCCUGAUGGCAUCAGCUUCCAGGCAGGAAUGAAAGUAGAGGUUAUUGAGAAGAACUUGAGCGGCUGGUGGUACAUUCAGAUUGAGGAGAAGGAAGGCUGGGCCCCUGCCACAUUCAUUGAUAAGUACAAGAAAACCAGCAACGCAUCUAGGCCAAAUUUCCUGGCUCCGCUACCCAACGAGAUGUCCCAGCUCCGGCUUGGUGACGCCACAGCUGACAGCAAUGCCGGUGAGGAAGUGACGGGACCAUGCCGUCCUCUGCCAGAGGCUCCUCCAAAUGGUACGGACUGUGGUGGGAAGUGGACCAAAGACUGGAAGGGGAAGGAGGCUCCUGAGAGUGGGGAUCUAGCCUUUGCCAGUGGCUAUGAGGAGAUCUCAGACCAUGACACAGAGGAGAAGCCCAGCCUGCCACCCAGGAAGGAAUCCAUCAUUAAAUCAGAAGGCGAGUUACUGGAGAGGCAGAGGCCUCCCCCCAAGCCCCCAGGCAUGAUUUUGCCCAUGAUCCCACCCAAGCAGUCGGCGGCUCCGAAGGACAGCAAGAAGCCCGAGCUGAAACCGGAGAAGGGCAAACUCUUCCAGCUGAAAAAUGAAAUGGGACUGGAAUGUGGACACAAGGUGUCAGCCAAGGAGGUGAAAAAGCCAAACCUCCGUCCCAUUGUCAAGCCAACCAAGCCAAAAGCUGAGCCCGUGGAGGACAAGCCUGAGCCUGUCGCCCAGAAUCCAUUCUUGAAGUCAAGACCUCAGAUCAGGCCAAAACCUGCUGCAGCCCCCCGGAAUGACCCACCUCCAGCUGAUGAUAAACUAGACAUUUGCAGCCUGCGGAGCAAGCUUAGACCUGCAAAGUGCCCAGAGAAACCCUCCGAGCAGGACACCUCUGCCAGCGAAAGCUCCUUCAGUAACGCCAUGGUCUCUUCAGAGGCUUCUGGAAGGUUUCAGGAGCGACCAAGCAUGGAGAGCAAACCACUGUCCAAGCUGGACAGUCACACCGUGAAAGAGGCGCUGCCUAAAUCUCCCCUUGGCCCAGCAAACACCCCAGGUGCCAGGGAGCCUCCACCGCAGCGCCCCGUUGUGCCACCUCGCAGACCACCCCCCCCAAAGAAAACAGGGGGUCCUGCCUCCGGCCCCACGGUGGAGCUCAGAGCCCCAGCACGGGAAGCUCCUGAAAUCAGGUCAUCCCCGGUGCCAGGGAGGCCCAUGCUGGUUCCUCCGAAAGCCAAGCCGUUCCUCUCUGCCUCCGUCCAAGAUGAAGCGAAAGUGAAAAGCAGUGUAAGCCCAAAGGUCAUAUCCAAGCCAGUGGAGAGAGGGGAAGCUAAGGAGAGGACCUCAGCCCCCAUCUCCAGUCUGGACCUCUCCAGGGAAGCUCUCUAUGUGGCAGUGGCAGAUUUUGAAGGCGACGCGGAGACCAACAGCUUUAAAGAAGGGACUUUGUUUGAAGUUCACGAGAAGAACAGCAGCGGCUGGUGGUUUUGCAAGGUCCUGACUGGGGGUCCAUGCUGGGAGGGCUGGAUCCCUUCCAAUUACCUGCGGAAGAAGCCAUAG